AGCAGCAGCAGCAGCAGCACCAGAGCAGCAGCAGCAGCAGCAGCCAGAGACAAACUCGGGAGUGAGUCUGGAGAUCAACGAUCAACGAUCAACAUCAUGAUCAAUGAUCAAUGAUCACCCCAUGAUUCCUGCUCUCCCCUCCUCUGCUCUGCUCUCUGCCCCUGCCCCCUGGCCCCCUGCCCCCUGCCCUCUACUUGUACGUAUCUCGCGCUGCUGCUCGAGGCCAGGCCUUCUCGGAGACCGGCUGCUGCUGUAUGCGUAUUUGUCAAGGGCCGUUGCAGCUCAAGGGGCGUUGCAGACGAGCGGGACGGCUGUUGUGGUCUUGGUAGAGCUCCUGUAGUGCUCAGGUAGUGCUCAAGUAGUGCUCAUGUACCUGCGGCAGCGGCGCCCUUCAGCAGCUCCGUUUCCCCAGAAUUG